CUGUUUGAAAUGAGACAGUCCUGGGCCAAACUAUAAAUAAAACUUUUAGUCUAUGUUUAAUGUCUACAAAUUAAUAGUCAAGCAAAUUUUAUCAAUCAUUUACAUUAUCGUAACAAGUUAAAAGUUAAGUGUUAAAGUUAUUUUUGACAAUUGAUAGUUAAUUUGUGGUUAAGGUUUUCGUUAAAAUUAAGUACUUAUCUCAUUAGUGUAAAUUAUGAUUGUAAAAUUUACGUAUUUUUGCAAGUGGAAUCCCUGAUAUUCGUGUUUUCAAGACUGGCAACACUCAGCAUUGAAACGUCGAAUAACCUACAAUAUUUUCCUGUCGUCACGAAACCAUACAUACGUACAUAAAUAUUGUCAAUAAAUUUCGAACACAAUAAAAGUAAAAAAAUUGUGUUAAAAAUAUUUUUUGUGCUUUUAAAAUAAGUGAAAAGUCCGAUAAAUACAUCCCCGAACAUCGUUGUUUCCACGAAGUGAAAUUAAAUUGACGUGAUCGCCAUUUUACGAUUGGAAUGUCAACGCAAGUUAAUGCACAUAUUUAUUGAAUCAUAUUGAUAGUGUUUAACUGUCGACUCGAUUCCUAACCCGCCGAAUCUUUGAACUUUUAAAAGUUUUAAUUUAAACCGAUAAUUUAUCAUAAUGACUAGUGUAACGACAAAGGACAAAGAAUUUACAAUUCAAUUCAUAAAACAUUACAAAAUGCUGCCGGCGCUAUGGAACUCGAAAUGCGAAAGUUACCGCGACAAUAGCAUGAAGACGAAAUGUUAUAUGGUAUUGUUAAAAAAAUACAGAGAGCAUUAUCCAACGGCAAGUUUACGUGAUAUGAAAAGAAAAGUGAACUCACUGAGGUCGAAUUUCAGAAAAUAUAAUGUCAAGCUAAAGCCAGGGGAUCCUCCGCCGAAUUUGUACUGGUAUAAUGAGAUGAAAUUUGUCCUCGGGACCGAGGAGGUGGAAAAUGAAAUUGAUGUUGAUGCAACUUAUGAUGAGCUGAAAUGUGAAGAAAUGGAAAUUAGUGCGGCUGACUCGUUUGAUGACCAAGAGGAAGACCAUUUGGAAGAUGUGGAACACUUAGAAAUACCAGAAAGCGACAUAAAGUACUGGCAAAAUGAGCAAGACAAUCAAAGCUCACCAUUGCAUGUCUCAAAAACCUCAGAGAAAUCAACACCUAAAUUAAUCUACCACACCACACCAAACCAACCACAGCCAAAGCAAACAACUUCAAUAGUGCAUGAUGAGGAUGAAUUUGAUUUGUGGGGAAAAGUGAUGGCCACUGAAUUGAGAAAGUUGAAUGCGAGACAGCAGAUCUUUGCGAAAAAAGCCAUCACGGAUAUCUUGUUGGAAGGGCAGUUGGGAUUGCUGAAAAGGAACUCUGUACAGAUUAAUAAAGCUGAUGGACAUGGUACUGAAAUAUGAGAUUUAUUUUGUGUUAUUACUUUUUAAGAGCCAUGGAGAGAAGCAUUCUAAAAAUAAGGAAGUUCGCUCCGUGGCGAAUGAGACGCAACUGUCACAGUCGCACUAAUACUGAAGAGUGAUAGAGAGAGAUGACUAUGCUAUGUUACGGAGCAUUAAUGAUUGUAACGUUGGCUACGCAGCUAGAGUAGUUGACGCUCACACACACAAGCUCUAUCCCUAAAAUGGCGCUGGGCUUUUUUUUUAUACUACGUCGGUGGCAAACAAGCAUACGGCCCGCCUGAUGGUAAGCAGUAGCCUAUCCAGAGGAGUAACAUGCGCGUUGCCGACCCUAGAAUCCCUCCUCUCGGUGAGCUCUGGCAAGCUUACUCACCGGCAGGAACACAACACUAUGAGUAGGGUCUAGUGUUAUUUGGCUGCGGUUUUCUGUAAGGUGGAGGUA